UCCAUUUACCAGGCAUGUUCCAAUCAAAAAUGUCGUGACCCUUGUGCUGGUACCUGUGGAAUCGGAGCAAAAUGUAUGGUUGUGAAUCACAAUCCCAUUUGCAGCUGCCCGAAUCGAUAUUCUGGAAAUCCAUUUGUCAUGUGUCAGCCAAUAAUUGAGCGUCCAGUGGAAGAAGAUACAACCGAUCCUUGCCGACCUUCACCUUGUGGGCCCUAUGCUGAAUGUAGAGAUAUUGGAGGUUCACCGUCUUGCUCAUGUUUGCCAAACUAUAUCGGCUCUGCACCAUACUGUCGUCCCGAAUGCAUUUCGAGUUCCGAAUGCGCUAGCAACCUCGCUUGUAUAAACAAUAAAUGCAAAGAUCCAUGCCCGAAUUCGUGCGCACAAAAUGCCGAGUGUCGCGUUGUUAGUCACACUCCGAUGUGUGUCUGCUUGGCUGGAUACGUUGGAGAUCCAUUCACUCUGUGUACGGUGCAACAGUCACCGAUAUAUGAACAGGCCACACCUUGCAUUCCCAAUCCGUGCGGUUCGAAUGCUAAUUGUAGAGAGCAAAAUGGUGUCGGCUCUUGUGAAUGUUUGCCUGAGUACUACGGUGAUCCGUACCAAGGAUGUCGCCCAGAAUGUGUUCUUAACUCUGACUGUCCAUCGAACAAAGCUUGUACUCGAAACAAAUGCCAGAAUCCUUGUGGUGGAAGCUGUGGCCAAAAUGCCGAAUGUCAAGUAGUGAAUCAUGUUCCAUCUUGUACAUGUAGAGUCGGCUACACUGGUGACCCAUAUAUACACUGUAACAUUCAGAGAGACCGUAAGAACUUCUUCCAUACGUAUACUAACACAUUAUUCAUUUCCCCAAUCACAAACCGAAUUAAUCCUCUUCUGCGUCUAUACCCACACCACCAUUUUGUUUGA